AUGGCCACUAUAGAGAAUGUGUUUGAAGCCAUCAAGGCUGGCGAUUCUGAUAAAGUUAGAGCACUGUUACUCAAUGACAAGACAUUAUUGACUCAAAAACACCGUGAUCCAACUGCCAAACCUGAUGCAGCCAUUGAACUGGAUCUUUACAAGUUUUGUGGGGCUUACCUCGGACAAAUGACAGCCUUGCAGUACUCCUUACUAGUAGGACAAGACUCAAUAGCUAAUGACAUUGCUGAAAGAACCUUCAAGGAGGAUUUGGAUGUCACCUUCGGUGGUGGAAACACGGCUUUACAUUUGGCGUCCUUACUAGGGGCCAAGGAUCUCGUUAAGCUGCUACUCGAACACGGUGCUCAACCCCAGCUAAAAAAUAACAAGGGAUUCUCGCCUGUAGACAUGAGUGAUGAACCUGAUAUGUUGGCUCUGUUCUCGCAAUAA